AUGUGGGCAAACAGCCGAGAAUAUGUGCUUGACAAACAGCCGUCCUACAGAGGAAGAACAUCUCUGUUCACCAACAAACUGCAGCUCGGAGACAUUUCACUGAAACUCUUCUACGUGACGUUUUCUGACGAGGGCAUGUACAGAUGUCUUGUCCCACAACUAGGUCGAGAAGCUUUUGUUAAACUUGUUGUUUGUAUUGUCUCCACCCCAGUUAUUUUGGUGAUGUCUGAGAGAAGCAGUGCAGUGGAGUUACAGUGUAAAUCUGCAGGCUGGUAUCCAGAGCCUGAGGUGUUGUGGCUGAACGGUGAGGGAAACGUCCUCUCUGCUGGACCUACAGAGACAUUCAGAGAUCCUGAUGACCUCUAUACUGUCAGCAGCAGAGUGACUGUGGAGAAGAGACACAGCAACAAGUUCACCUGCAGAGUCCAGCAGAACAACAUCAAUCAGAGCAGAGAGACACAGAUCAGAGUAGCAGAUAGACAUGUUAAUAAAAACCCUCUAUUGUGCCUCAUUUCACUUCCUUUAAUGUUUCCAGAUAUAUAGCUCACUGUUUUGUGUCUCAUCAUUUCAGAUGAGUUCAUCAUGAUCUCGCCCCAAGUGAAAAACCUUCUUAUGUGGAUGUUGGUCUUCAUUACUGUUGCUGUACUGUUUGCGUGGUGGCGUUGUAGCUGAAAUCCUGUUGAUGUCAAAUCUGGUGAUGAAUGUUGUCUACUCGGCGACAACAAUAUGCAAAUGUGUUUAUUUACUUAUUCUCACAUUUAGAAAAUAGUCAGUUUGCAUACAGCAGAUGAUCUGUGUAUGUUUUAUUAAUGUCAAAGACCUUUUGAACCCUCUGAAAUUCCAGAAUCUGCUGGUGGGUUUGAAGAAUGUAUUGUUUUGCUUUAUUUUAUUUUUUUAAAAGCCAACAUUACACCCUUUAUAAGAACUAGAAACAGGGAAAAAAAGCAAAGAAAAAAGCAAAGAAAAAAAUGUCAGAUUGCCAAUGUUCUGACGUUCCUUUAAGCAAUCAUGUAAGAUGUAUGGUUCAUUCAGAAAAGAUUUCAUUGAAAUCACUGUAUUCUUAAUGUCUCUUAAAAUUUGUCAAAACAUCAAUCAUUUGCUCCUACCAGAUUCUAUGAAAAAAAUAAUUAAAAAUCUGCAUUUGCAAUCAUUGCAAUGAAAAAAGGUGGAAAAAAUCAAUAGCUCAGCUGUAACCAAGAAUUAUGUGACAAAAAUUCUGGGACUUUUUGGUCGAAUUGGGCUGAACUGAAGUCAGUGUUUACACAGACCAGAUAGGAGAGAAGUAUGGAAGCAAAUGGGACAUUAAAGUAAUGAAUUAUCUGUAGCAUGUAGAGUCACAAUGUUUCCCCAGUAUCAGUAACACAUUCAAACACUUGGACAAAUGUUUUACAUUUUGUAGAUCAAAUGAUUAAUUAAAGUUUUGCUUUUUCUUUUUUAUGAUUUUAUGGCAUUCUAACUGAAAUGAAAAUAAAUCUGACUUUCUGCUGCA